AUGGUUCAGACGGGGCCUGCUGAGUUGGAGCCUUCACUCUGGUCUGGCAAUCAGCGAGUGCUUCAUUUCGGCCCGAUGGCACAGAGAGAUCCAUUCUUUUACUACUAUCCGAAAGGAUGGGACGUGCUUUACCCAGCACAUUUUGGCUUCUUCCCCUAUCGUGCAACGUAUGCCACGCUCAGAUAUUGCCUGCAGCUCAUGAGCACUCAGUUACUCACUCGUGCCGCCUUGUUGUGCUGA